GCCGCGCAGAGCCGGCCGCUCCGCACCGCUCCGCACCGCUCCGCACCGCACCGCACCGCACCGCACCGCACCAUGAGCGUGGGCUUCAUCGGGGCCGGGCAGCUCGCCUUCGCCCUGGCCAGGGGCUUCACGGCGGCAGGGGUCCUGGCCGCGCACAAGAUCACGGCGAGCUCCCCGGACACCGACCUGCCCACCGUGAGCGGGUUGCGGAAAAUGGGCGUGAACUUCACGGUGAGCAACAAGGACACGGUGAAGACCAGCGAUGUCCUCUUCCUGGCCGUGAAGCCCCCCAUCAUCCCCUUCAUCCUGGACGAAGUGGGCCCCGACAUCGAGCCCCGCCACAUCGUGGUCUCCUGCGCAGCCGGCGUCACCAUUAGCUCCAUCGAGAAGAAACUCUCUGCCUUCUGCCCCACACCAAAAGUGAUCAGGUGCAUGACCAACACCCCUGUGAUUGUCCGGGAAGGUGCUACAGUCUAUGCCACGGGGACUCAUGCGGACGUGGAGGAUGGGAAGCUCUUGGAACAACUGAUGGCCAGUGUCGGCUUCUGCACCGAGGUGGAAGAGGACCUGAUAGAUGCCGUAACGGGGCUCAGUGGCAGUGGCCCUGCGUAUGCGUUCACUGCCCUGGAUGCUCUGGCGGAUGGGGGAGUGAAAAUGGGACUUCCCCGCAGGCUGGCUGUUCGACUUGGAGCACAGGCUUUGCUGGGUGCUGCCAAAAUGCUGUUAGAAUCUGAGCAGCAUCCCGGUCAGCUGAAGGACAAUGUCUGCUCGCCUGGGGGAGCCACCAUCCAUGCCCUGCACUUCCUGGAGAGCGGUGGCUUUCGCUCACUCCUAAUCAAUGCUGUGGAGGCUUCCUGCAUCCGGACAAGGGAGCUGCAGCAUUUGGCAAACCAAGAGAAGAUCUCCCCAGCAGCCAUAAAGAAGACUUUGUUGGAUAAGGUGAAGCUGGAGUCUCCUUCUCUGUCCGUGGCAUCUGCCAACAAAGUCAGUCUGUUCACCAAUAAGAGCACCAGCAGCAAGAAGAACUGACCAGGCUGCUGUAGUCUGGCUGUGCUGAACGUCAGUCUCCUCCAUGCCCCUUCUUUUUUGUCUAAGGAAAAACGCUCACUCUGAA